CUCUUCAGUGCUGGGAUUACAAGCAUGAAUCCCAUACCUAGUCCAGCCCCCCAUCUUUAUCACUUCUUGUUAAGUCUCUCCAGCUGUAAAAUGAGGCUUCCUGGCUUCUUAUCUGGCCAAGUGAGAGGAGGUUCUCUGGGCCUCUGUGGACAUUGACCCCUGCCAGGACAGCCAUCCUCAUACACUGUGAGUACCCACCCCAGGUACCAGCCCUGCUCUAGUGGACAGCAGGAGAGAGUACGAGGUCUUCUGGUGCAGCAGCUGCAGUCUCUGGAGUCUGGACCAGGCUGGCUAUGGUCCAGCUGGCUCCAUAGCCCGGGACACUUUUCUUCACAAACUGGUUUUUCCCUCUGGCUGGCAGCCCAAAAAAGAAUAGCGCAAUUCACUCCCAGCCUGAGAUUGGGAAGGCUCUAGUCGAGUCCUCUAGACUCCCAGGAUUGUACCUCCUGUCUUCCGGGAAGCCUGCUUUCCCUGAAAGCAAGUUGUUUGCCCUACCCAAGCCUGGCUGCUAAGUCUUGCUUGGUCUCAUUGAGAAAGCUUCAGGAAGAUCCGAGCCGGAAGCUGGGUUAGCCAGACUCUCCUUGUACUGCGGCAGAGCUGCCCUGGAAGGAGGCAGGACCUCUUCAAAUCUCUGCACUAGGGUCCAGGAGGAGCCAAGAGACCCAUAGCCCCUGAAGACAAGUGCGUGGCUGUGCUGUUCCGGGAGCUGACAGAAGGCAGAGCUGGCAGUGAGUAGAUCAAAGGCUAGAGGGGCACAGCUACGGAGGCCUGGAGGCCCGUGUUCCCUCCGUGUCCCCAGCAGCCCUACUCUGCAGUCUUCUCUGUGGUCUAAAUAAGUCUGUUAUCCACUGUGAAGCUCUGUAUGAUUUGGAGUGGUCUCUCCCUUGUCUGGGCCUCAGUCUCCCCAUUUGUCCACAGAAAGCGAGACUGGAUCAUUCUUUCAGGAAACUCUGCUUGCUAGGCUUGGUGUGAGCCCAGCGGCUGCGUUAACUGAGAUGUAUCUGGGGGUUUUAAGGGGUGAAUGCUGGGGGGAGGUUCAGCAUCACACGGGCGAAAGACCCCAUGUACCCCCAAAUCAAGAAAGGGCUUGGUAGAUCCGGCCUGUCUCUGGCUCCGUGUCGGCUUAGACAAGACCUAGGUUCUCCGGGGAAGGUAACCCUGCUUCCCACCAGGUUCCCACCGCGCCGCUCCCGCAGCGGAGCCCAGCGCUGGAGUGCAACUGGUUCCCUGGCAACCUGGGAGGAAUCCAGCCUCAGCUACAGGCUCUUCCUCUCCCCUCCCACCGCCUCCUACUGCGGGCGCCGGGGGCGGAGGCUGCCAGCCCACUAUAAAAAGCAACCAGGCUAUCGGCGAGCGACUACUCCGAGCUGCGACACGGCUCAGUCUCCUGGCCCGCCGAAUUCCUGCACUCCAGCCAUCCAGCCAUGGCUCCCUCGCAGCUCGCGUGGCUGCUGCGCCUGGCCGCCUUCUUUCAUCUGUGUACUCUGCUGGCGGGGCAGCACCUCGGCAUGACGAAAUGCAACAUCACGUGCCACAAGAUGACCUCGCCAAUCCCGGUGACCUUGCUCAUCAAUUACCAACUGAACCAGGAGUCCUGCGGCAAGCGCGCCAUCAUCCUAGAGACGAGACAGCACAGACACUUCUGUGCUGACCCAAAGGAGAAAUGGGUCCAAGACGCCAUGAAGCACCUGGACCACCAGACCGCUGCCCUGACUAGAAAUGGUGGCAAGUUUGAGAAGCGUGUGGACAAUGUGACACCUAGGAUCACCUCGGCCACCAGGGGACUGUCCCCAACUGCCCUGGCAAAGCCUGAGUCAGCCACAGUGGAAGACCUUACUUUGGAACUGACUGCUAUUUCCCAGGAGGCCCGAAGGCCCAUGGGGACUUCCCAAGAGCCACCAGCAGCAGUGACUGGAUCGUCUCCCUCAACUUCCAAAGCCCAGGAUGCAGGGCUUGCCGCCAAGCCUCAGAGCACUGGAAUUUCUGAGGUGGCUGCUGUCUCUACCACCAUUUGGCCGAGUUCUGCUGUCUACCAGUCUGGAUCUAGCCUCUGGGCCGAGGAAAAAGCUACUGAAUCCCCCACCACUGUAGCCCUAUCUACUCAAGUGUCCACCACGUCACAUUCAACCCCCAAGGAGAAUGUUGGGUCUGAAGGCCAGCCCCCAUGGGUCCAGGAGCAGGACCCCACUCCAGAGAAGGCUCCAGGGCCUGAGGAGACAAACCCAGUUCAUGCUGAUAUUUUCCAAGACAGAGGACCUGGCAGCACAGUCCAUCCCUCAGCGGCUCCCACCUCCUCUGAAGAGACCCCCAGCCCAGAGCUGGUGGCCUCGGGCAGCCAGGCUCCUAAGGUAGAGGAACCCAUUCAUGCCACUGCAGAUCCCCAGAAACUUAGUGUGUUUAUCACUCCUGUCCCUGACUCCCAGGCAGCCACCCGGAGGCAGGCAGUGGGGUUACUGGCCUUUCUUGGUCUACUCUUCUGUCUGGGGGUGGCCAUGUUUGCCUACCAGAGCCUCCAGGGCUGUCCCCGCAAAAUGGCAGGGGAGAUGGUAGAAGGCCUCCGCUACGUCCCCCGAAGCUGCGGCAGUAACUCGUACGUCCUGGUGCCGGUGUGAGCUGCCUGCUUGCCUGCCUGUGUCCAGAGUGUGAUUCGGACAGCUGUCUGGGGACCCCCAUCCUCAUACCCACCUUCAUCCACGCUGGGAGAAUGGGAAUGCAGAAGCUGGAUCCUCCGGGGGCCAUGUGCUCCAACCCCCGAGGAGUGGCCCUGGAGGCCACCCUAGACCAUUAUUCACUUAUCAGAGACAGACAGAGCAGGUGGCCUUCCAGCUCCUCCAUAUUUGAAAGAAUCCUCUGCUGCUGGCUGGUGAGAGGGGCCCUUGACAUCCCAAACUCUAUGAGCAAUUAUUUAUUGGAUUCCCAGCCCCUGAGACACCCGUUUCCCGUGCGCACCGUGGUCCACCCAUCUUACAAGCAGCAGGCCAGGCCUCUCUGCCUGUCCCCUGACCUCCUCGUGUCUCCUGGCUUUGCUGCAGUCGCCAGCCCUGUCUCCUCCCCGGCCAGCUGCGGUGCUAUCUAUCCCGGUCUCCCUCCCCCGUGUACAGAGCCAUCACCACCAUCACCACCAACACCGCGUUCUGUCUUUGCUUGCAUGAGGUUAAUGCUGUGUUUUCUGGAGCUCUCUGGGAAGGGAGAUGAGCUUCUGUGAGGGUUUAAAGUGUUCCUCCCCAGACUUUGAUGUGCCGUGAAGGCAUGCUGCCUCUGAAGGAAGGCUCUGGUCCCCACUCCGCUGCCAGCACAACAAAGUGCCCCCCCCCACCUGUAAAGGAAAAGAGACUCGGCCCAGAGCUGGCAAAAACCCAUGGCCCUGACAUCAUCACUUUCUCUGAGAUCUUUGUCCCCAUCCCUGGAUGCCACCCCCCACCCCCCAGCCCUUAUCAACAUGAAUAGUCACUGCCAUUCCACUGGACUGACACUUUUGUAUGCUGUGAUUCUGAGGGCUGGCCAGGGAUGACUUGAGAGUGCAGAUCCUACCCCAUGGGCCCCCCAAUGGAGGCUGAGCUGGGGGCUUGCAGGAAGAGAGGCCAACUCAGAAGGCCCCCUGUGUUCUCACUGGCCACCCCUCCUGUGCACCAAGGUGACAGUCACAGGUCUGCCCUGCCUGAAGAACAAGCCACAGAAGGAAGAUUAUGACGAGCCCCUGGGAGGCCGAGGAUCCACGGCAAACCCCUGGAGUGGCCACACACCCAAUUUCAGCUUAGGGACUUGUGCAUGUGUGUACUUGCACAGCCCAGAUCAUUCAGAAGCUGCCAGGGUCCUUUCCUACAUCUGAGAGCGCAGUUCCUGACAAGGUCUCACCUUCGCCCCACUUCAGGCAGGGCCAGAACUCCCGUAACAUUCUCCAAGAGCCCUGUGACGUGUUCUGGAAGGGACUCUGCCCUGGGCACAAAGUGUCUACUGAAGCAGAGAGCAGCGCCCCAGCGCCCCAGCGGGAGCUGUACCGGCAGACCACGCCCCUGGGGGGGGCCCUCCUUGGCAGCUUUCCCCACCCUGCUCUGAAUAGCUCCAACCGUCACCUUUGGAGCCUCCCAGGGGCAGGCUUCACCCAGAAGCCAGUGACUCACUCCUUGAUAAGUGGAAGCCCAGAACAGGUGCUCUGUCCCGGAGUGAGGAAGCCAGCCCCUUGGCGACCCUCCUCUUGGGAAGCUUGUGGGAGGCUCUGGCCUGGCUCCAGAGUACUAGUUGUAGGCCUGAGGAGCAGCAGCCCGAGUGCACUAUAUCCUGGUUCCUUCGGUGGGGAGCCUUCAAGGGUUGGGACACCCAUGGUUGGACUUUGUUGGUUCCCGCGCCUCGCGGGCCAAAACAAUCUGAGGAGGACUUUGGAAGGAGUUGGUUUUUCAAGCAUCAUUACCAAUGUCUGUGCCAUUUUGUAUUUUACUAAUAAAAUUUUAAAGUCUUGUGGAUCAAA